UAGGAGGAAAAACAAAACAAAAUUGGUUCCGGAGCUUACUUGCAGAGCCAAACAAAGAAGACGAUUCUCUCCGGCCAGAACUUUCCUUCCGGCGCGUUACAGCAUGGAAGACCGCCAUUCCCUCCUUCUCCGCCGUUGUUCAGAAGAACAAGGGGACAUGUUCGCUAUUCUUCCAGAUGAUUUUGCUUACCACAUUAUUAAGUCACUCAGUGUGGAAGACCUCCUUCGACUCAGUUUCGUCUCCAAAAGAUGUAGAAAUUUGUGCUUGUCGACCCCAAAUGUGAGUAUUAACAGUCACAAUCCUGUGACCAUUCGUGGUUUGAAUUAUCGAUUUGGGUUUAUAAAUUCUCUUAAUAGGUUCAUGGAUCAACGACAUCAUGGUAGGACUAAGAUAUGUACUUUUAACCUCUCUUGGUCCUUAUCGGGAAGUAGUAUUUCUUCUGAGGAAUUCUUCUUCCUUAAGUAUUUGAAUCAAGCUGUAGAUUGCAGUGUUGAAGAGAUUGGACUUAGUGUGAUCCAUCCUCCCGGAAAACCUUUUGAAUUGCCUUUGUUUGUUUUGCAAUGCAAAUCUUUGAGGAGACUUUCUGUUAAUACCAAUGGUUGUCUUCUCAAGUUUCCCUCUCUAUAUGCUGGUUUCAGUUCAGUUGAGUCCUUGAGCAUAGAAUCUGUUCUUUUAGACAAUGACUUCUGUAAGGAUUGGAUUCCGGGAUUUUUCAAGUCCAUCAGGGAACUAGAAAUUAAAUCCUUUCUAGGGAUGGAAACUAUUAGUAUUACUAGCAACUCACUUGAAUCUGUUACCAUCAGUGAUUUGAGAAACACUGGCUUGUCUCAUCUUACAAUUGUAGCUGAAAAACUUCAAAAACUUAAUAUAGUGUGGUAUCCUCCUGUUAAUACAGUCACAUCAUCUUUCAAAAUCAAUUCUCCCAACCUAGUUGAUUUUAGGUAUGUCGGAGAGCCUGUGAGAUGUUAUCAUUGUUUGGGGGGACUAGCACGUGUAGAUAAUGUGGUUUUUGAUUUGCGAAUGCCCAACCAACUAGCCUUGAAUCCUACCUCUCAUAACAUGCGGGAGUUGCUUCAGAGUGUUGGCAGCACCAGAGGUCUUAACUUGUUAGGCCAGUCACUGGAGAUGUUUUCAUCAAUGAGACUUGGCUUCCCAAUUUUAUUCAAUAAUUUGGAGAACUUAACUUUAACUGUUGAUGGCUUUGAUGAUCAUCAUGUCCCAUUUGUGGCCUCUCUUCUCAGAGGAACACCUAAUCUGACAAAACUCCACAUAUCAUCUGGCUUCUCAGAGGACAUUUUGUUUCAUAUGCAAUAUUGGCAAUCUCAAAAGAUAAUGUUUCAUCAAUUGAGUAUUCUGACGGUCUCCUAUCAAAAAGGGCACAAUAUACUAGAAUUGGUGAAAUAUUUGGCAGCACAUGCGGAGAAAUUGAGAGUGAUUGUAAUUCGAUGUUUAAAUCCCAUCCUGCUCGAUUCUUUUAUCGACGUACUCAGGAACAAGAAGGCUUCUACAACAGUCUAUUUUAUCUAUUAUUCAAGUGUUGGUUGUGAAAGCGUUACAUGUGUAGAUGCUUCUCAUAAAUCACCCUUUUCUUGUGCCAAAACUACUUAUGUGCGCACUAAUGCCCCGUUUGGUUUCGAUUUAUCGCAAUUGUAAUAAGAAUUCUAUUAUGCGUAAUAAGAAUACCAAGUCCUGACAGGUAUUAUGAUUAUUAAGGCGA